AUGGCAGUUGUAUCAGUGCGACAUCACUGUAACAGUGUACCAUCAGCUAUAUUAUCUGAUCAAGGUACUCAUUUUAAAAAUCAACUUAUGGAAUCUAUGUCAAAAUUAAUUGGUUACAACCAUAUUUUUUCAUGUGUUUACCAUCCACAGUCUAAUGGAAUGGUUGAACGUUUCAAUGCAACAUUUGUUCCCCAAAUUGCAAAACUUCAAGAUCGUGAAAAUAACAAUUGGGACGAAUUUUUAUUACCAGUAGUAUUCGCUUACAAUACUGGAAUUCAUGCAACAACUGGUUAUUCACCAUUUCAAUUGCAAUAUGGUCGCGAUCCACGUUUACCUACAGAUGAACCUCCAAUAUCGUUCACCUUCAACAAACCGCAAGAUUAUUAUGAACAAUUAAAAAAGAAUCUAUUGAUAAUGCAACGACAAACAUGUGAUAAUGUCAAUAGUCGACAACAACGGUACAAAAAUCGUUAUGAUAAACAACGUGCAGAUCCACAUUAUGAAAUUAAUGAUUUAGUAUUGAUUAAAAUUCAUGGAACAAAAACAAAAUUAGAUCCAAAAUAUUCAAUUACACCUAAAGUGAUUAUUAAAAAACAACAUCCAAUUUAUUGGGUUAAAGACGAUGAUACGCAGGUCGAAUCGAGAGUGCAUGUCAAUGAUAUUCGACCUAUAUUUAUGUCCAAAACAAUAUAA